AUGUAUAAUCUUCUUCAGCGUGCUAAUGCGAUAUUCGCAUUUGCAAUGACAGUCACAUUUGGCGUCCUCGCUGCAAUAGCGAUAGCGACGCCAUUUUUACCUUCUUCACCUUCAGCUCAAAUUAAUGUUAAAGAUAUACAAGUUAUUUCAUACGACUAUAUGGGUCGAGGCGAUAGCGAGUUUGCAUUUGUGAAAUUGAAUCUUGAUGCUGACUUAACCUCCCUAUUCAAUUGGAAUACGAAACAAUUAUUUGUUUCCGUUGUUGCAGAAUAUGAAACUAAUUCGCACGAUAUUAACCAAGUGGUUUUGUGGGAUUCGAUCAUUCAGUCAAAAGAAGAGGCACUCAUCAAAGUCUCAGAUUUACAUAAUGAAUAUAACUUUGUUGAUAUCACAACAAGCUUCCGUCAGGUGAAUGCAUCGUACUCCUUACAUUGGGAUGUAAUGCCAUACGUGGGAGUGUUAACAAGUGGACGAACGAGAUCUGAUCAAUUUAUUAACUUCCCUCCACGGUCAAAUGAGUAUAGAUAA